GGAUUAAAAGUUGACACAAAAAAGUGAGUUUGCUAUUAUAUAUAGAUACCUUUAGCUCUUGAUGAUUGGUGGUGACAGACUGAAUUUAAAAAAAGCAAUGGCAGAAGAAGCAGCGGAUAAGGCAGCUUUCCUCGGUGGUCUUGUUGUCACAUUCAAGGACCAAAUCCACACUGAUGUUCUUGUUAAGCCUGGUCAACAAGGCUCACCCAUACCUACUCACAAAGCCGUUCUGGCGGCAAGAUCAAAGGUCUUCAGGAACAUGUAAGAUUCUGAUGAAUGCAAGACCUCCUCCGAGGAAUCUAUCACUCUCCCGGAUUUGACUCACGACGAACUCAAAUCUCUUCUCGAGUUCCUCUACUGCGGAAACUUAAAAGCUCCAUACAAUCAAUACAGAGCCCUCUAUUUGGCUGCCGAUAAAUACGACAUUUCAUAUCUUCAAGAGGUUUGCAGAAACCAUUUCAUUGCUUCCCUCAGCUCCAGGAACGUCCUAGACAUCUUAGAGCUCGCCAGUAUUCCUUGUGACACACUCUUGAAAGAAGCUGCGAUCAAUCAUAUUGUAAAACAUAUGGAAGAAGUGGUUGUUCCCAUGAAAUACGAGACAUUUGUGCAGAGGAACCCUCUAAGCGUGGAGAUCACUAGGGCUUAUCUCAGAGAGACCAAAGCCAAAUCCAAAGAUCAUGGAUUUCAUACUCGCGCACGCAUGUGGGAUGCAUGAGUGAUUUUUCUUACUUUUUUCUU